GUCUCCACCUCUGGGUCAAUCCCACCACCGCCACUUCCGCCUUCAUUUUAUUCCGAAAGAUAAAAAACAUGGCCCCGGAGCUCAAUUUCAUCUCUUCCCACGAAGAUUAUGUGAAUCCCAUGGGUAACAUAGUUUCUAAUUUGAAUAAUUUGUUUGAUAAUGCCGAUAUUGUUGGCUUACAUUCUUGCAAUGGGUUGUUAUGCAUCAAGUUUUGUUUCAAUUAUGAUAGUAUAAAAUUUGUUGUUUAUAAUCCUACCACCAAUGAGUAUAGGCUGAUUCCUAGGCUCAAAAAGAUUGUAGAAGAACGGUUGUUGCAAACUUCAGUUGUUAAUAUUGCUUUUGACCCCUUGAAUCCUGCCCAGUACAAGCUUGUUUGCGUGAUAACAGACCAUUUUGAGAGUGAGUACCGGUUCAUUGUGUAUUCGUCUGAAACUGGUUUUUGGAGGGAGAGUGUAAAGAGAUUGGAUAUUUAUACUGAAAAAUAUUACUUUGAUAGAGGGGUGUUAUGGAAUGGCGGUCUUCAUUGGGCUACUCAAUGGGGUUCUACUAUUUGCUUUGAUAUAGAUCAUGAGUGCGUGAGGUCAACAGUGCCUAAUCUUCCAGCAUUGUAUGAUGAUUCUUCGGAAGUUUGCUAUUUUGGAGAUUCAGGAGGGGAAUUAUAUCUCAUUAGUGUUAGUAUGCCCCGGAAGACGGUGUUUAAUGUCUUUUCUCUGAAGAUGGACUAUUCUAAGUGGGAUGUGAAGCAUCGGAUUGAUCUUACUCUGUUGAGUAUUUUUUACCCAUUGGAUGUUGAUGAAGAGCUUGAUCCUAACGAGUUUGGUUUCCACAUACUGCAUUGUGUUGUGGACAAGAACAGAGGGAAUGUAAUGCUUGUGCUAUCAAUGCAUCGUAAAAUCUUUUGUUAUGAUAUCAAUGAUCUGACUGUCAAGGAGCUUGCCAACAUAGAGCCCAAGGAGGUUUCUUAUCGGUGGAUGGAAACCUCAAGGUACUUGCGGAGGGAUGCCUCAAAAUACAUGUGGAGAGAAGCCUACCAACAUGUUGAGACGUUGGCCUAUAUCUAAUUGGGUUGCAGCAUUUGGUAUAUGCAGCCACAACUUGAUAAUUCUGUACUUGCCUGACCUUUAGUUGUUUUUAAGGUAUGAAAAUCUUGUAUAGUUUGGAGAUCAUCAAAUGUUAGUUAUGCUAUUAUAUUUCUUUUAGAUAUAUCAGGAAUAGCACAUGUUAUGUGUUGGAUUAUUCUCAUUAUCUUCUUGUUGCAAUUCCCUUUUUACAGUAAUUGAUUAUAGAAGCUCCAGGAAUUGAUGUUUCAA